AUGUUGGUUUAUCUAUUAUUUUUGAUUAAAUGUUCAAUAUUCAUUAUUCAACCAGUUGUAUCGUUGAAUGAUUUGGCUUUGUUGAACGAAAAUGAUCGUUCUUUGGAAAUUGUGAUUGGUCAGAAAAUUGAUGUUGAAUUUGUGGUAAAGUAUGUUUUCUUGUUAUAAACUUGAAAUUUUCAAAAAUAUAUAUCUUCUUUCCAGAAAUCAUUCAUCAGUGGCUUUGAAUGAUACAAUAUUAUUUUUAUCAAAUUCUUUAGCUCUUUCUUAUGAUAAUGAGAUUGAAUUGAAAAAUUGGACAGCAAAAUUGGAAAUAACAGGAGUUCGUGCAACUGCUUCUUCUAUUGUGGAAAUUGUUAAUUGUUCAACUAUUUCAGAAGAAACAUGUCCACUGAAGUGAGUUUAACGAAAUUUCAGCCUGAGACAAAUCAGAUGAAAAAUUCCAGCCUAAAAGAAGCGUAUGUGCGUGUCUCCGUGAUUCGUUCAAAUUUCAUGGCAAUUCUCAUUCAAAUAGUCGGCUGGUCAUAUUUCUUUGCUUGGAGUAUCUCAUUCUAUCCACAAAUUUGGCUAAAUUUCAAACGAAAAAGUGUAAUCGGUCUGAAUUUCGAUUUUCUUGCUCUCAAUUUGUUGGGUUUUGGAGCAUAUGCUAUCUACAAUCUUCUUAUGUAUUUCAAUGAACAUGUCAAACAAAUCUAUAAUAUUGAGAAUCCACAUUCGCCUCCGCCAGUUCUUUCGAAUGAUGUCGUUUUUGCGGUUCAUGCAUUUUUUGCGUGUGCAGUCACUGUGGUUCAAUGCUUUAUUUAUGAGGUUUGGAUUUUUUUACAAAAUUCUGAAAUAUGAUAUUUUUUCACAUUUUUUGGAUCGAAAAUUUUCGGAGCUCACAGUGUUUUUAUUAACUUUCAAAAUUUCCGAAUAUUUAACGCUGUGAACUCGGAUUUUUUUGAAAAUGUUGUGGAACUCGAUUAGAGCUCCCCAAAGAUGCUGUUUUUUUAUUUAAAGUUAUUUUUUCCAGCGUGAAAAUCAAAAAGUCUCAAUUCAAUGCAUAGUUCUAUCAAUUGGCCUCAUCACAUUCGGCUUCUUCUCCGCCGCAGCCACAGUUUUGAACAAAAUCUCAAUUCUCUCAUUUGUCACAAGCCUCUCUUACAUAAAAAUGGCCGUCACAUGCUCAAAAUAUUUCCCGCAGGCUUAUUACAAUUUUGUGCGAAAAAGCACUGUCGGUUGGUCAAUUGGAAAUAUUUUGCUUGAUUUCACAGGAGGAUCUUUGGAUAUUUUGCAGGUAUGAAAAAAUAGUAGAAAUUUCGAAAAUUUCAGAAUAAAAUUUUUUCAGAUGGUUUUCCAAGCCUUGAACGUUGAUGAUUGGAGUGCCUUUUAUGCGAAUCCAGUUAAAUUCGGGCUGGGUCUCGUUUCAAUUGUUUUCGAUAUUGUUUUCAUAAUUCAACAUUAUGUUCUUUACAAAGAUGCUGAAGUAAGUUAUUUUCGACUAAUUUUAAUUUUUAAAAACUUAUAAAAACCUACAAUACAAUUCCAGCCAGAAAAAGAAAACCCCAUAGAAAUGCAUAGUAAAUUCCACUUUUUUUCUGUUCAUAAGUACUAAUUCAGCUAACUACAAUAACAAUUAACCAAAUAAUUUCUGAAAGAAAUUUUCUCAAUAAUUAUUUGUUUGCAGGAGUCUCUGGUUGAUUACGAAGACAUUGAUGAAAACCCAGAUGAUUACGAUAAUUCAGAUGUUGCUCCAAUAAUUGGGGAAGCCUAA